AUGAAGUUUAAGGUUAAGAAGAAUGACAUUUAAAAACAUUCAGAAAUAGUGAAUGAUAUUGCCUGGACAAUUAACAAUGAGUUAUAUAGUAUUUCUGAUGAUAACGUCAUUUACAAAUGGGAUUGUAAUACAUUAUAGAAUGAAAAAUUCUUUGAAUUGGAUAGUUUCCCAACCGCUAUUGAUUGGAUGCCAGCUGGUAAUAAAGGAUUUAAUGAGACUGUUGCUAUUGGAUUUAGUGAUGGAAGUUUUAAGUUGAUUUCAAGACUAGGCAAGCUAGAAAAAGAAUUCAAGCAAGCUCAUAAAGAUGCUGCUCUUAUUACUCUAAAAUGGAACCAUGAUGGUAGUGAAUUUGCUACUGGUGGAGAAGAUGGUUCAAUUAAGACUUGGAGCAAAACAGGUAAUAUUAGAAGUAAUAGUUUAGCUCAAAUUGAUAAGCCAAUUUAUUGUUUAUGCUGGAAUCCUGACAGCAAUGCUAUUCUCUACUCUUCUGAAAAGAAUAUUUAUGUUAAACCUCUUUAACCAGGACAAAAAACUAUUUCAUGGAAAGCUCAUGAUGGUGUAGUUUUGAAAGCAGAUUGGAACGCUUGCAAUAAUUUAAUUCUAAGUGCCGGUGAAGACUGUAGAUACAAAGUUUGGGAUAGCUACGGAAGAUGCCUCUUCAGCUCAUCUCCAUAUGAUUACGUCAUUACCUCAAUUGGAUGGGCACCUAAUGGCUUAUACUUUGCUGUAGGUGCUUAUAAUAUGUUCAAACUUUGUGAUAAAACAGGUUGGACAUACUCUUUUGAUCGUACUGAUUCUGGAUCUUUACAAUCAAUCAAAUGGUCUGCUGACAGCACUAUUUGUGCUGCAGGUGGAGGUUUGGGACAUGUACUUUUUGGAUAUGUUGUUGAAAGAUCUUUAACUUAUGAAAACUUUGAAAUUAAUUUAAUUGAAGACAACAAGAUAACAGUUACAAAUCUAAUUCAUGAAAAUAUUGAAGAACUUAACUUCACUGAAAGAGUUAUCAAUCUCUCUAUGGCUUAUGCACAUUUAAUUGUUAAUACACAUUCUCAAUGCUACAUUUACUCAUUCUAAAACUGGAACACUCCAUAAAUAUUUGAUAUUAAAGAAGCUGUUUCUUUAAUUAUUUAGUCACCACGUUACUUCUGCUUGGUACAAGCAGUUUCUGGAAUUGUUGUAUACAAUUAUGAAGGUAAAAAGAUUUCUAAUCCUAAAAUCUAAGGCAUUAAAUUCGAAUUGCUUAACUCUUAGAAACUCUCUAUUAGUCAGGAUGUAUUAGCUAUUGUUGAUGGUAUUAAACCAAAAAAUAUUAGUUUUUAUGAUAUUGCUUCAGGUAAUAAACUCAACUUCACUUUAGACCACUCUCUUGAAAUACUUGAAAUUCAUUUGAAUAACUCGGACUAAGCAUCAGAUAGAAAGAUUGCUUUUAUUGAUUCUAAUAGAGAUUUUUAUUUAUCUCCCGUCCAUAAAAGAGAUUUAAUCAAACUUACUUCUAUGGCAGAUAGUUUCUUGUGGAAUGAUAAGCAUGAUAUAUUAUCUUGCAUAGCAGAUGGAAGGCUUCAAACUUGGUACUAUCCUAAUGCUAUAUAUGUUGAUAAAGAUUUGAUGGAUCUCUGUAAGAAUACAAAAGAAGCCGCAGAAAUAGGUAGAAUGAGCUAAAUGAUUAACUUCAAUGGCUCUUAAGUAAUUUUAAGAAGAAAAGAUGGAGGAUUGAUCACUCUAAAUAUUUCUCCUUAUCCAAGCAUAUUGUUUGAUUUCUGUGAAAAGAAUAAAUGGGAAAAGGCAAUUAAGCUUUGCCGUUUUGUUAAAGAGUCCUCUUUGUGGGCUUGUUUGGCUGCUGUUUCUCUUCACUCACGUGAACUUAACACAGCUGAAAUAGCUCUUGCAUCAAUUGAGGCUGCUGAUAAAGUUAAAUAUAUAGAGUAUAUUAAUGAAUUACCAUCUGAUGCAUCUAAGUAAGCUGCCUUAAGUGUAUACUUCCAUAAGAAUCUUGAAGCAGAGUAGCUCUUGAUUAAAAACAAGUUAAUUUAUAGAGCAAUUAAACUUAAUAUUAAACUAUAUAAAUGGAAUAGAGCCCUAGAAUUAGCAGAAUAAAAUAAUUAGUUUGUAGAUAUGGUAUUAGGUUACAGAAAAAGAUACCUUGAGUAAGUUAAAAAAGAAGAGACAGAUAAGAAAUUCUUGCAAUUAAAGGUUGAAGUUAAUUGGCCAGAUAUAAAAAGCAGAAUAAAAGCAGAAAAAGAAAGAGAAGCAAAACAAAAAAGAUGA